UUACAGACCGUAUCUAUGAAUCACCAAGUGGUGCAAUCUUAUGUUACGACAGGUGUCAUUGCUAAAUUUAGUAUAUGACCGUAUACAUAUUGGGUGGAGAUAUAAAAGAAGACAUCAUGGCAGAGGGAGGAUAUUGUUCAUCCGAGUUAGAAGUUGACACUUCUGAGAUCCAAGGCGUUCAGGAAUCUUUAGAAGACAUGGCGGGUACAUGCACUGGUGCCGAGCAGUUGAAUGGUAGUGAUGAGGAAAGCAUGCAAAAAUUCCUUCAGAAAUCACAAUGUGAGCGUCUGUAUGAAUUACGGAAUUUGCAACAUGGAGCAAAACCUGUGACCAGUCAAGGACAUAAGGAUUCAAUCAAUAAAUUCUUUGAGAAGAAACAAUCAGCUCAGGAGCAAGCAGCAAGCCACGGGAAAGAAAAUGUUCCAAUUAAUGAAGACAAUGUAGAAGAGCAUCGCCCAGAGACAAUUGUUGUAGAGAUUCAGGGACUUGUCGAACAACAGCGUGUAUCCACAUCGCUUGGAACCAAUUUCCGCCGUCAUCUUGAAAACAUUAUUAGAGGGAGUAUUUCAGCAGUAGCAAGAAACCACACUCCUCGUCCAUCUUCCUCACGACAGCCUUCCUCUUCACCCUCACCUGCACCUUCCCCUCGGGAGGAAGCAACCCCACAACCUGUACCGGCACCACCUGUGGUACCUGUAACAUCGCCUUUAGUGACUGCUGCCUCCACCAUAGACAGGAGCCGAAGCAACACUGUCAGCUCAAAUAACAGUUUGAGUCAACACAGUGGCACCCCCUCUGAUUCUGAAGACACACCACAGGAACCUGAGGUUAGAGCUCCAGUGCCACAGUUUUAUGAUAGGAUCUUGGGAUAUGACUGGGAGGAUAGGCACCAUGAAGAUAUGGUUCAGGAAAUCAGUGAGCUUGUUCAUAGUCGAAUUGUCUCCUCUACCCUGGAGGGUGACUUCAGGACUCGUCUGGAGAUCAGCAUGCAGGAGAGACUUGCCAACAGUGGCUUUGAUGGGGCAAGAGUCCAGGAAUUUGUACAGAAUAUCAACCAAUCCCAGGCUAUUGAAAGGAAUGAUUUCUCUGAUCUGGGUAUUCACAUUAACACUCCAGCUGACAACUUUGAUAAUAUUUCUGUCACGAGUGUCAGUGCACAUGCUGUUCCUUAUACACAGUCAACACGGUACAUGAGCAGAGAGAUCCAAAGUUUGAAAGCACAGCUAAUGGAGAUGAAAAAUAUGAUGAAGCUGAGCUUUGACCUUCAGAUGGACAUUCAGAGGUCAAUUAGGCAGGAAGUGGCUGCUGCUAUGAAUGAUGUCAAGAGAGCAGAUGGAAAUACUGCCUUGCCUGUAGCAGCGAAGUCUAAACCAGUCAACGACACACACUGUUUGAUCUGUUUGGACAAUCACUCGGAUUCAGUCCUCUAUCAAUGUGGGCAUAUGUGUGUGUGCUUCACUUGUGGGCGUAACCUUAUGCAACAGGGGUCAAAAUGUCCAGUUUGCAGAGCCCCAAUCAAAGACAUAAUCAGGGCUUACAGAUGUAAUGAGGACUGAACAUGUGUGACUGUCAUAAUGUUUUCUCAUGUGAAAAAAAAAUCAUGCUCAUUCACAAGAUCUAUAUUUCAUAUCAGAGUGUGAAGAAUCAUGCAUUUUUUGUGUUUAUAUCUGACAUGAUCAUAAAUCACAUCAAAGUCUUGAUGUAGACUUUCACCAUCAUGUGCUGCUGUAGGACCUGAAAAUGGAUAUGCAUAACAUGGCCUUUCAUGUGCUUCAUCAAGGCCUUAUUGUCUGAAAUACAGAUCUUUUUAUGCAAGGCUUGUUCCAUCAUGUGCUAAUAUAAGACCUGACAAUAUAGAUAUGCAUAAUUAGGGCUAUCAUGUACCCGCAUUAAGGCCUGAUAAGGUAUAGAAACUCGUCAUUUUGCAUUGCUUUUUACAGAGAUUCAUUCAAAGGCUGGACUCACACAUGACUCUAAACUGUUGACAGUUUUUUCAUGACAUUAUUGUUCAGAAAUGAAUAUGAGGACAAUGAAAGAGUUGUGUAUACCACAUUUCAUAAAUUUCAUUGAAAUAUUGGAUGUAUACUAUAUAUAAUAUUAUAUGCAACUGGUUUUGCAGAAUGUGUUUUAAAGAUUUUAGAAAAUAGUUUAUUUUGCUGUCACCAAUGUGUUUUACAUGUUAAACAUUACAUUUAUCAUCAGUCAUUGAGGUAUAUAUUCAUACUAUCAUAUAUAUAUAUACAGUAUAUGCUAUUUCAAAAAUGAUGCAAUAAAUUGUUUUUAAAAAUA